GCUGUAAACUGAGAUCACAAUCCGCCAAAACAAACACAAAGCAGUAAGAGAGGAAACACGAAACAUUAACCUGGAACUGCUUUACAAACCCAAACUUCCCACAGCCUGCAUGAGCACGACCCGAGGUAGACUUUGGUUGUACCUUCAUCUCAUGUGAACCAGUUGUUUAACCACUAGUUUAGAAGCGGACUGUUGUUGACGUUGUCGGGUUUUAUCGGACUCCUCCAUCCGGUCCCUUUACUAAACCAGGGCGUGUGUUAGCCUUAGCAUUAGCACUAACUACACCUUGAGCAAUGUCAACAGCACCAGAAGCCCCGACAGGAGGGGCAGAUACCGCCGUGUCCAAACCCAGCCAGCUGUUUAAGAGCUGCUGGAGCUGCCGGGUCCUCUCCGGAGGGGCUCUGGUCCUGUCCGCAGCGUAUGUGUUCAACGCAGCCCGGAAGGUGAUGCUUAAAGGGGGACCUACCUCCAUGGGGACGGUGGCACAGAUUACAUUCGCUGCUAGUCUGGCUGCAUGGGGGGUUGUUGUGAUCGUUGACCCGGUAGGAAAAGCAAAAAAGAAGACGCAUAGGGUGUCUGGAAACUCGUGAAUAAACAUUUAAAUGCUCAAUAGAUGGACUGGAAGCUGUCGGGCAGAUGUUAAUGGACAAUAGGACACCGAGCCGGAGAAGCUGGAAAAGGAUGUUUGCACUAUUUGUGGAGUAACACAGACAUCAGAUCAGAUUUUGUGUUGGCAUUGUGUGGAUGAACCAAACAUCCUACAAUGUUGGAAGCUUUUGAUGGGUUGAAUUAAAAGUGAAAGAGAUCAUAUGAUUAAUAUAAA